GUAAACUUAGUAAUCUGUAUGUACUGUUUGUUUAACAUACGAAUAAAAUUUAGUACGCCGUGAGAGUGACAAGUGUUUCGGUAUCGUACAAACGUGUAUUAAGGAGAAUGUGGCCAGUAUUAUUAUUUAUAAGUUCGCUCUUAGGCAUCUGGUUGAGAUGGAGGUACAAGAAUCAGCGGCUUUUGGAGAUGGCAAAGAAAAUACCCGGUCCACCAACAAUUCCUUUGUUCGGAAACGCUUUGAAAUUUAUGUGUCAGCCUGAAGAAUUCAUAAAAGUUGUAAAAGACCUUAUGAUUGAGUAUGAUGGCGUAUUUAAAUUGUGGAUCGGACCGGACUUGAAUAUCGUUGUUAGUAAUCCGGACGAUAUAAAGCUGCUCCUGACGAAUAACAAAACAAGCAUAAAGGGGCCACAAUACAAGUACAUAGCAGACGUACUCGGAGGUGGAAUUCUAAGUGGUUCAGGAUCUGUUUGGCGAAAGCAUCGUAAAAUCGCUACACCGAACUACGGUAAGCGAGCAAUUGAAAGUUACACCGAUGUGUUCAAUCAAGAAGUGGACUGGUUGUUGGAUAAAUUUAAAAGUUCAGCCAAAGGACAAGAAAUGGACAUUUACAAUUAUAUAGUUCAGUGUACCAGUUAUACAGUUUGCCGAACUCUUAUGGGCCUUUCGAAAGAAGAAACUGUGGAACUUCCACAUUUGCAGUACCUUAUAGACAUGAGUCCGAAACUUUACGACAUUCUGUUCGAUAGAAUGACGAAAUGGUACCUACAGAUGGAUCCAGUUUUCUGGUUAACGAAAUCAUACACAGCACAGAAACAAUUCAAAGAGAAGCUUCGUGAACUAAGCGCCGCUAUACUUAAACAUCGAAUUAAACUGUUGGCUAACUCAGGUGAUAAAUUGUAUCUUAUGAAUUCAGAAGAAGACUCUUCAAAAAACACGCAAUUAAGUGUAAUAGACAGAUUCAUAUUAUCUGAUGAAUUCGAUUCGAAGGAGCUGGUAAAUGAAACAUUUACAAUUUUUACAUCAAGUCAAGAGGCUUCAGCUAAAAUUUCAUCCUUUUUUCUAUUGAUGAUGGCAUUUCAUCCAGUAUGUCAAGAAAGACUUUAUGCUGAAAUAAUUAACGUUAUUGGAAAAGAGGACAAGCCAGUAACUGAUGAGGAUCUGAAGCAUAUGCCUUAUCUCGAAAUGAUCUUUAAAGAAGUCCUCAGAUUAUUUCCUAUAGGAGGCAUGUUGCAGCGAACUAUUAAGGAGGAUAUUUCUAUCAGUUCAUAUACAAUUCCAGCUGGAUCUGCUCUAGUCGUUCCCAUCUAUCAUAUUCAACGUGAUCCUAAGCUAUGGAAUGAUCCAGAAUCUUUUGACCCUGAAAGAUUUACCCCUGAAAAUACUAAAAAACGUCCCCGAUAUUGUUACAUACCUUUUAGUUUGGGUGCUAUGGAUUGCUUAGGAAGGUACUUCGGGGCAAAAUUAGUAAAAACAAUCGUCGUCAGAGUUUUACGAAAAUUUAAAUUAACUUCUUUGGAUAAUUUUAAAAAUCUUCGAAUAGUAAUUGCAAUAUCAGCAACUUCAUUAGACGGAUUUCAUGUCGUUUUAAAUUCAAGGGAUGAAUGUUGAUAUGCAUAAAUGUUUAUUGCAAAUAAUAAAUGUAUCUAUUAAAAACAAAAACAAAAAUUAAAUUUAUAUAAAGCUGUUGAAUUUAAUUAGUCCUUGACACUAACAGCUGGUGAAUGAUUGAAUAUACCUAUAAAACUCUUUUCGGAACUUUGGAAGUAAAAUUAAAGUGAAGUUAAACAGUUAUGUGGAAUAUUGCUAUAUUAAUACUGGUGGUAGGGCUUUGUGCAAGCUCGUCUGGGUAGGUACCACCCACUCAUCAGAUAUUCUACCGCAAAACAGCAAUACUUGAUAUUGUUGUGUUCCGGUUUGAAGGGUGAGUGAGCCAGUGUAAUUACAGGCACAAGGGACAUAAAAUCUUAGUUCCCAAGGUUGGUGGCGCAUGGGAUAUGUAAGCGAUGGUUGACAUUUCUUACAAUGCCAAUGUCUAAGAGCGUUGGUGACCACUUACCAUCAGGUGGCCCAUAUGCUCGUCCGCCUUCCUAUUCUAUAAAAAAAAAAAAAAUUACAAAUGAAGAUAUAUUAAUCAAGAAUUGUUUGUAGUGCAACAUACAGCGAAGUUAACAGCAAAUCACUUGUAAUAUUUUAAUUUACGGCUUAGACAUAGUGACUCCUAUUAUGAUUGGAAUAGACUAUACAUGUAUUGUUACUUAAUCUGUACUUUGCUAAAUCAUUAUCAGAAAUAAUGAAAUUGUCAUUCAUAAAGUUUACAAAGUAUAUUUUAUUUUUCAUUAAUUAGAAUCGGUUUUAAGUUAGGUAUUUAAGGUAUUUUUAAACUUGUACUUAUAUUUUUUUAAAUGCAAUAUGUAGUGUGAUUUUUUUUAAAAAUAAAUAAUAGUAUCGAACCAACACCCCUCUUCCUUCAACAUGUAAAAAUAUCCUUACUUUGUAAUAAAAACAAUAAUAUGAGAAAAUAAAUCAAAACUCAUUUGAAAUGG